ACCAUCGGUACCUCCAUGCUGAUACCCACCUCCUCCCUGCUGCUACCCACCUCCUCCCUGCUCACUACACCCUCAGCACCCAGUCCUGUACGCAGGGAACCACCUCUCCCACUCUCUUCUGAGCUUCCUCUGGCCCUCUGCCAGGACUCCCAGCACACCCCUGCCGUACCUUCACCUGCAGCCAGCGGUGCCCAGCUGCACGCAGGGGUUCCACGCAACACACGGGUCCAGACGGGCAGACGGCACCAAGCCUCCAUCCUCUGCCACUGCUGCAGACAGCUCCUCUCAGACCACAUGGCCACUACUGGAAAAGUUAUCCGAUGCAGAGCUGCAGUUGCCUGGGCAGCGGGCAAAUCACUCUCUGUUGAGGAGAUAGAGGUUGCACCUCCAAAGGCACAUGAAGUGCGAGUCAAGAUUGUGGCUACAGGGAUCUGUCGCACAGAUGACCACGUUCUUGAAGGUACAUUUCCUGAUCUAGAAUUCCCAGUCAUCCUCGGCCAUGAAGGAGCUGGGAUUGUGGAGAGCAUUGGAGAAGGAGUGACCUCUGUGAAACCAGGAGACAAAGUCAUCCUCCUUCCACUUCCUCAGUGUGGAGAAUGCAGCUUCUGCUUGAAUCCUGACUCCAACUACUGCCUGAAAACACACCUCACUGAACCACAAAACCUGCUGGCUGACAAGACCAGCAGAUUCACUUGCAAAGGGAAACAGAUCCAUCAUUUCCUCUGGAACAGCACCUUUGCAGAAUACACUGUUCUGCCCGACUACACCCUGGCCAAGAUAGAUGCUGCUGCACCUCUGGACAAAGUCUGCUUGCUUGCCUGUGGUUUUCCCACUGGCUAUGGGGCUGCCAUCAACGUUGCCAAGGUAAAACCAGGCUCCACCUGUGCUGUCUUUGGCCUCGGAGGAGUUGGCCUCUCUGUUGUCAUGGGCUGCAAGGCAGCUGGAGCGUCCCGCAUCAUUGCCAUUGAUAUCAACGAGGACAAGUUUGCCAGGGCCAAGGAGCUGGGAGCCACCGAGUGCAUCAACCCUAAAGACUUCAAGAAGCCUAUCCAGCAGGUGCUCACCGAGAUGACUGGUCACGGCGUGGACUGCUCCUUUGAGGCUGCUGGAACUGCAGAUACCCUGAUUGCCGCCCUGGCCUCUUGCAAUGUGAACACCGGGCUCUGUGUGACGAUUGGUGAACUACCUGCUGGUUCAAUAGUUCCCAUUGAUCCAUUCCUUCUACUAAGUGGGCGCACCUGUAAAGGGACUCUGCUUGGAGGCUGGAAAAUGAGAGACUCUAUCCCCAAAUUAGUUGCCAGCUAUUUGGAGAAGAAAUUUAACUCCGACUUGCUGAUCACACACACGCUGCCAUUUGCUGAAAUCAACGAGGGAUUUGAAUUGCUACGUGCAGGCAAAAGCAUUCGCAGCGUGCUGCUCUUCUGAAGGAUGUGAUCAGGACAGCACGAGAGCAGCACACAGCCCAGCAGAUGCCCUCCUGUGCGGGCCCUUCCCUCCCACAUUGCCCUUCAUGGACUGUAAAGACAGAAGCACAAGGAACCUGUCAGCUGUGCUGCUGCUGCCAGCGCUCCUGAGCCCAUCCUCUCCUGAGAAAACAGUUAUAUAAAUAAAGGCUCUCUUACAAACUC